AUGUAUCUGAUGAAGUCGUUCUACUCAUUGUGUCCCUCUCGCUCCAUCUCACCCCGCAUCAUCCGGCAUAGUCAACCUGUGUUCCGCUCAAUUUCAAGAACCACAGGCCAAAUGAGCUCUCAAAGGGAGGAUUCAAUUCCCCACGAGCUCCGGACAGCUGCAGAGCCCCGGCAGAACAGACUAUAUCCAGUGCGCUUGUCGCAUAUUGAGCAGGUCAACCCCUCCGUUAGACUGCUACAGUUUGCUCUGCCUCCACCGGAACCUAAUAAUACCAAUCAACAGCCCUCUAGCUUCUUACCAGGUCAAUGGCUUGAUGUGAACAUUCCUUCCAUUGCCCAGGCGGGCGGCUUCACUAUUACUUCCACCCCCGCAGAUGCAGAAGUGCUGCCACCCCCAGAGGCUUCUGUAGAUCCAUUAGUUGGGGAGGCACUGGAAGCCUCCCCGGAAACAGAAACUCAGGGAAGACCACCUUAUGUGGAAUUGGCUGUACAAGACUCGCCAGGUAACCCUGCUGCCGCGUGGCUAUGGAGACCGAAAGAGGAUAUCCUAGGCAAGGAGCUGAGUAUCCGAGUCGGAGGAAGCUUCGUCUGGCCACCCGCAGGGGUCAGUCUCAGCAACAUCAAGAACGUGGUUCUUGUCGCUGGUGGUGUUGGCAUCAACCCACUGAUGUCCAUCCUCUCACACUUGAACAACAAGGGACCCCACACCAAUAAUCCGAAAACCAUCCGCGUUCUAUACUCCAGCCGUCUACCACAGGAUCAGGGAACAGCCUCAGCAGACACGAAACUAGACCAGAUUCUCUUCCUCCCGCGUAUACGCCAGAUAAUCCGGUCUCAGGAGAGUUCCCAUCGUCUCCAAAUCUCUCUGGACCUGUUCCUCACGAACUUGGCCUCGGCUGAUCUGAUGUCUGCUGGGUCCACGUCUGACAUCAAUAUCCACACAGAGAGAAUAUCUGGUGCUGAUUUGCGCGCCGCGGCUCUGGGUAAGGAUACCGAAUUGGAUCCUCGGGGAACAGUCUGCUAUGUUUGUGGACCGCCUCCUAUGACUGAUGCUGUCGUGGAGAGCUUGGGUCAGAUACUCGGGGAGGGUGGGAGGCAGCGUGUUCUUUUUGAGAAAUGGUGGUGA